CACCCCCCACCACUGCCUUAUAAAGGACCUCAAGAAUGGGAAAGACCUGCUGGCUGGGAAAUACAAGCCAACCAACAAGAACACCAAACAGAAGGAGACCCAGAAAGAGCGUCUGAAAGAGUGGAGAGAACAAGAACGGAAUAAAGAAAGCUGCACAAAUGGAUGAUCAGCCAGAAAUGAAAGCCAAGAAUCCCUGGCACCGGCCCAGAAUAAUCUUCAUCACUGUCCUUUUUGUCAUUGGAAUCGUCUCAAUGGUGGCCAUUGGAGUAGUACAAAACAAACCUCUUCAGCAGAAGUACAAGUAUGGGAUAGUUCUGGACGCAGGCUCCUCCCAUACAUCUGUCUAUAUCUACCAGUGGCCAGCAGAAAAGGAGAACAACACUGGCAUGGUUCAGCAGAUGGAUGCCUGCAAUGUUCCAGGCGUAGGGAUCUCAGGUUACUCCACUGAGCCAAACAGGGCUGGUGAUUCCCUAAAGUCUUGCAUGGAUAAGGCGAGGUCAAUAAUACCCAAUCACAGGCACCCAGAGACACCUGUUUACCUUGGCGCAACAGCAGGAAUGAGACUACUUGAGAUGGAAAAUGCAGCUGCCUCAGAAAAGGUGCUAGAGUCUGUGGAGAGGGUCCUGCAGACCUACCCGUUUUCCUAUCAGGGUGCUCGAAUUAUCAGUGGUCAGGAAGAGGGAGCGUUUGGCUGGAUCACUGUCAACUACCUAAAUGAAAGCUUAAGACAGGCCUCAGGCACUCUCGGAGCUCUUGACCUGGGUGGAGCAUCCACUCAGAUCACCUUUGUGUCUGGGCAGAAACAGGAGUCUCCAGACAAUUCUAUUGACUUCAGGCUUUAUGGCCAUGAUUACCAUGUAUACACUCACAGCUUCCUCUGCUAUGGGAAGGACCAGGUCCUGAAGCUUUCUUUGGCAAAUGAAAUACGACCAGUCCAUACAAAGACAGAGACUAUUGAGGUGGAUGACCCUUGUUUCCAUCCAGGCUACAGAAUCAACAAAAACUUUCAGAGUGUCUUUAACAGUCCCUGUGUAACAGGCUUGAGUUAUCCCGAGAAAAAUUUCGUUCAUGUGGGCUCGGGGAAUGGAACGAAGUGCCAUGCAGCAGUCAGAAAAGUCUUCAACGAUAGUGGCUGUUCUUACUCCAUAUGCUCCUUCAACGGCAUCUUCCAGCCCCGAGUGGAAGGACAGUUUGGGGCAUUUUCUGCUUUCUUCUUUGUGAUGGAUUUCUUGAACUUGACGACUUUAAGCUUAGAUGCGGCUAAGGAAGAGCUGGGAAAAUACUGUGCCACCCCAUGGGAAAUUAUCAAGCAAAACCACCCUAAUGUAAAGGAAAAGUAUCUUGCAGAAUACUGCUUCUCAGGAACUUACAUUUUGACCCUGCUGGAAGAUGGAUAUAAUUUCACUUCUCACAACUGGCAAGACAUCAAGUUCAUCAAGAAGAUUGGAAACAGUGAUGCUGGCUGGACGCUGGGCUACAUGCUCAACCUGACGAACAUGAUCCCUGCAGAAUCUCCAGACACACCACCCCUGCCGUAUGGCGGUUACGUCACACUCAUGGUCCUCUUCGCCGUGAUGAUCCUUCUCCUUGGUUUACUAGCCUGCAAAGUCUUCCGCCGACCAACUGGCUCAGCCCAGAAAGAAAUCAUUUAAGAUCCACUGUUCUGUGUGCAGAACGUUUGUUCCUCAAGAAAAAAGCCUACUGGACCAACAACCACUUUUGUAUUUUAAACUGUGUUUUAAGAAGAACAGUUCAGAGAAAGUUUUGCAUCGACUUUAUACCUCAUCUGAAGGAAACACAGGCUCAAUAUGUUUUUUGUAAAAUAUUUGAGAACCUGCUUAAUUGGAGGGACACUGGAGCACACACAAUAUCCUUACAUAACUGGAUUGUAAUGUAUAUUCAUUUACUCUGGUUUUUGUUAGGAUAGAAUGAAUUGAAGAAUGCCUCCAGAAAUCUCAGGAGUAGAGACUGUAACAGAGAAAAUUGAGAGAGGAUUGUAGAUUGUAGAUAGGUGUAUAUAAGAGUGGACUGGAUGAUAGCAGUUGAAAAAUGAAGCCAAUACUGUACUACAUCUUCUGGCAUAUGGCUGCAGUACAACUGUAGAACUGGUUACCCCAAUGCCCAUUCCCAUGUAAGUAAAUGGAGCACGGAGGAAAACUGCACAUCCAUUUUCUGUCACUUUUUUUGCCAGUUCUGUGUUUGUUUGUUUUUUUAAAGUUAACACGUUUUAUAUUGAUUAUCUAGUGACUUUUCUAGGAUUGUGGCGAUGAGGUGAUUGCAAGCUGUGGCCAAGUGCUAAUACUAAAUGUCUGAUACCAUGAACGCAUACAUUUAUCAGAAACGUAUUUCAAGAAAAUAAAUGCCACAUUGGUGUACAUAUAAAUCUGAUGUGCAGUAAAUUGAGCCAUAAUUUCAUGGUAAUCAUGUAAAAUUAAGAUGGCAGUUUUGGCCAUCUUUACGCUUCAAAACUUUAAAAUGGAAGUAAACUGAAACAUACUGCCCACUCAUAUAUACCGUCUAUGAUUUCUCCUAAAUAGUAAAGUACACUAAUAUACUGUAUAUUGUGUGCCUUUGAUCAUUUUGAAGAACUUGCAUUCAUUCUUAUUCAUAGCAAAACUUUUCUCAGCAAUAGGACUGUCUGACAGGACAAAGCCAGUUAAUGUAGACCUACAACUGUGUUAUAACUGUAUAUAAAAUACCCAGUUUAAAGUACUUAUCUGUGUUAAAUCACUAUGGAAAUUUCAGCAGGACACACCCACUUUAUUUCACUGAAUUUUGAAGAGACUCAGUGUGACAUUUCUAAUAGCGUUGUUCUUUCCAACUGGUGUUUUGUAAUGUCACACCACAGUAUGUUUAAACAGGAUGAUUGUUGCAAAUGUCUUGUGUGGCACAUCCAUUUAAAAUCCUGGUGUAACUGUCGGUGUUACUGAAGUAACAUGUACAUGGGACACCUUUUAUAUAAAAUAUAUUUAAACAAUAAAAUAAACAGUGAGUUUAUUUUA